AUGCUCAGAAAAUGGAUCGUAUUUUCUGUGCUGGUUGUGGCGGGAUUUGCACAAACUGAAGGCACUCGUUGCAACUGUGGGCCUGAUAAUGCCGGGUAUUGGGGUGCCUGGGAGGAUGUUGGAGACUGUACGGCUCGCUCCUGGUACAAUAUCACUUCGGCUCCAAUCACCGAGUUGUCGCGUGUGCUGGAAAACAAAUACACGUGUGGUUACUGUGGGCGUCAAGUGCAACUUCGGCGAUGUCUGUCGAUUGAUCGGGGUUGUCCCUGCAUCGGCGAUGCGGUUAGACAAGUGCCGUGCAACAAGACAAUGUGUUCUGGCAUUGGCACAGCCGUUUGCUGUGCCCCGUUCAGUCUACAAGGCGAUAGUUGCGGCCCGGAUCCUCAGCCUGACCCGGUUCCGGUAACUGAUCCGUACGCCAAUGAUGCAGAGUGCGGCACAUGGAGCAACUGGACCGAUGUCGGCGACUGUCCGAGAGUCGUCUACUACGUUCCCGACGGUGCACCGGCAUGGAAAGUCAUUCCCUCAUGCGGAUUUUAUGAGCAGCAAGUGCAACAACGGACCUGCCUAUCGGCUGCUAGAAAUUGCCCCUGCGACGGAGAUGAAUAUCGUUGGAAACCUUGCGGUGGCGAUAUUUGCCCGUUUCCGGUGACGACAUGUGGAAAUGGGACCAAGAAAGAGAAGGUUGAGAUUCAGAUCAAUUCCUGCUCAGAACUGGCGGAUCAAGGCUACACAGAAAUUGCAGGAUCUUGCUAUAAGAUUGUUGUCACUGAAGCUAAUUACUGGGACUCGAAUGAGAUUUGCAAGAGGGAUCACUGCAGUUCACACAUUGGCCAGAUAAGGUGCCUCGCCGAGAAUAUGAAUAUUUUGAGGUUUGCCCGGAACUCGAGUGUUAUCCAAGCUAAGUACAACUCCUCCCUGGCAGAUUGCUAUCAAAAGCUGUCAACCAAAAGCUGUGAGGAGAAUGGGUUCACAAACGUCGGCGGAUCUUGCUACAAGAUUAUCGUGGUGAACGCUACGUUCACGGACGCGCAGAAGCAAUGUGCUGCCCUAGAUCCGUGUGCAACGUUGGGUCGGAUGCGCUGUAAUGAGGAGGCGAUCGGAAUAAUCGACCUGAUCAGAAACGCAAAACAAUUGACAUCCCGGAUCAACAAGACCUACGAUCUCUUUACGCAGCAAAUGUGGAUCGGGCUGUACGAUGUCCAUGAAAAAGUUCCAAAAUGGGCAGAUGGCUAUCCGGAUACUGGCUUCACAUAUUGGGGAGGCUCAGAACCGAAUGGCGCCAACGAACAGUGUACAGAGGCGAUGCUAGUUGAAACGCCGUGUUUUGACCCUGCUGAUUGGCUCGAUGUUUCGUGUGAACUGAAAAUGUAUGCAGCGCUUUGCGAACUGCCACUGCAAACCAGCGGGCAAGUCUGCGUUGAUGAGCGCACCACACCAAGCCCCAUCGUUACAACCCGGAAACCCUGUGAUCCAACAAUAAUCUGCGAUGAGAAGGCUGGGUACAGACUGAUGAACGGAUCAUGCUACAAAAUACUCGAAGUCAACAGCACUUUCUGGGAAGCGGACCAACUAUGCAAACAAGACAGUUGCCGUGCCCGGCUAGGUAGCAUAAGAUGUGAAGCCGAAAAUCAAAAUGUCGUCGGUAUCAACUCC